AUGAACACGUGGCGUCGAGAGAACAUGGCGGACCUGACGAAGGCCUUCGACUUUGCACACCCAGACUACAGCAUCCCCUCGAUGCCCAAUGCUUCCUACCCUUCUACUGACAGCAAAGGGAACUGGAAUGGGUACAGCGUUUGCGAGCAGAAGUACAAGACGACCAGACCUCCACCACCAGAUGGAUUGCAGAAGGAGUCUGAUGCGCUCAAGACCGAGCAGGGCUUCAAGAAGAUGCGAGGUAAUCCAACCGAAGGUCGCUACCUAACUUUCGAGAUGAACGGAUUCGCUCUUGCCAACAGUGGCGACCAUCUCAAAGCGAUAAAGGCAUCGACUUCCUACAAUGACAAGGCGCAGCGAUUCGUUCUCCACCAGUCCGGCGCACAAUUCUCCAUCAGCAGUGCAGUCGACAAUAGCACCAUCAGCGGCACGGAUCUGAAGAAGGCAGGUGGAUCAGCAGCAACUUACACGAUCACGGACAUGGGCAACGGCAGCGGCUAUACCAUCUGA